CGACGAGCGUAGUGGGAAUGUAAGCUGUGGCACACAGACCUGAAAGCUGUGUGUAAACCGCCUGGCAUCUUCAAAGAGCAAUAGCCUGGGGCUUUAUGAACUCGUCGGGCAUCGUCCUAUGGUAGUUGUAUCGCCGACGUCGACUUUGCCAGCGACCCGGGGGGCAACGGCGGCGGCGGGGCCGUUCUCAUUCAUCCGAGACGCGCGCCGCGUCAUUCGCCGGGCGGAGCGCCCGGGGCGAGGAGUCGCGAGCAUGGCGGUGUCGGAGGCGGUGGCGGUGACGCCCCUGGAGGGCGAGCGCGUGCGCAAGCUACUGGGGCUGCUGAAGCUGGGCAACGAGCCGCAGGCGCGCUUCGGCCCCACCGGGUGCGUGCUGGCGGCGCGCUUCGCGGACAGCCUCGGCGACGUCAGGGCCUUCGAGGUGCGCGACGACGACGUGUGGGUGGUCACGCCCCCCAAGUGCGCACGAGAACCAAAAGACACAGCAGUUUCAUUUUACCAUCAUUACAAACUUCUCUCCGGAUAUACGGGAGAUAAGGAAUUUUUCUUCGAAUGUUUUUAUGAAGGCUUAGUUGAACAUUCACCAUUAUGGGAGCAUGUACUGGAAUUCUGGAAGAUAAAAGACCAACCUAACAUACUCUUCAACACAUACGAAGAAAUGAAAGAGUUGACGCGCCUAGUGGAGCACUUGGACAUCAAACAAAUGAAGCGCAACCCCGCGACAAACUACGAGGACCUGUUCACGAAGGCGCGCGAAGAGGGACGCAUCAGCGACGACCAGGCAUUCAUUCGCAAGGGCGUAGUUGGGGAAGGCCGUCGCGAGAUGUCGCCCGAGAUGGCGGCGCGUUUUGACGAGCGCACGCGGCGGGUGUUUAACGAAGCUGUUGGAGGCUGCCCCUGGCAGAUA